CGUGCGCGCCUUUGACUGUGCUGAUUGUUUGAGUAAAGGGAAGCCAUCGCUUGAGUAAUAGGUACGAAGUUACACGCUUCUACUACACUUGGCACUUUGACCGGUUACUACCAAGAUUCUGAUUAUAGCAUCGUUUAGUAACCGGGAGAGCGCGAUGACCCAGCCUCGAUCCGAUGAAUUCAUUCUGCCUCCAGAGUGCCCAGUUUUCGAGCCUAGCUGGGAGGAAUUUGCCGACCCUUUUGCCUUUAUCAACAAGAUAAGACCCAUUGCUGAAAAAACGGGCAUCUGUAAGGUCCGGCCGCCGCCGGGCUGGCAGCCUCCCUUUGCUUGUGAUGUUGAAAGACUUCACUUUACUCCACGGAUUCAAAGGCUCAAUGAGUUAGAGGCCCAGACGAGAGUCAAGCUUAACUUCUUGGAUAAAAUUGCAAAGUUCUGGGAACUUCAGGGGUGUGCUCUUAGAAUCCCACAUGUUGAACGUAAGAUUUUGGACCUGUUUCAACUGAACAAGCUUGUGGAGAGUGAGGGAGGAUUUGACACAGUCUGCCGUGAGAGACACUGGACUAAAAUAGCCCUGAAGAUGGGCUUUGCACCUGGAAAAGCUGUGGGUUCCCACCUCAGAGGACAUUAUGAAAGGAUACUCUACCCAUUCAGCCUGUUCCAGGCAGGAGCCAGUCUUUUGGCACCUGAGCUCGCUUCUAAACUGGUGCACUUAAUGGGCGGCCCGGAUCCGAAUGCAGACACAGAUAAGUGUAUCCAGAAUGCCAUCCUGACCAGUGACAUCAAAGAUGAGGAGUAUAAACCACAUGAGUUGGCCCAGAGGCAGUCAGUCCAUCCGGCAGAGACCUGCCCUCCAGCUCGCAGGGCAAAGCGCAUGAGAUCAGAUGUAGACCAUGUGAAAACUGAUCCAGAACAGUCAAAUCCAAACCGACCUAAUCUGAGGAGGAGAACAGGAUCUUCUGUCCCCAAACCAGAGCUUGGUGUGACCCAGCCUGCUCUUCACCCAGGUUCACACCAAACCAAUCUGAUUCAGAAUGUUCUGGGUCAAAGGUCAGCAGCCCUGUUCUCAACAGCUACAGGGAAGGAGGUUCCCAUUCAGGUGAAGCAGGAAAGCAUUGAGACAGAGUUGCUGAGCCAGGCAGUAAAAGAUGUGCCGCAGGAGCAGGGCAGUAACACCAUGGUGGACCAGUAUGUGUGCUUGGUGUGCAGCAGCGGGAGUGAGGAAGAGCGCCUGCUGUUAUGCGACGGCUGUGACGACAGCUACCACACCUUCUGCUUGGUCCCGCCUCUCCACGACGUGCCCAAAGGGGACUGGAGAUGCCCCAAAUGUGUGGCCAAGGAAUGUAGCAAACCUCAGGAGGCCUUUGGCUUCCAGCAGGCUCACAGAGACUACACACUCUGUGCGUUUGGAGAGAUGGCGGACGCUUUCAAAUCGGACUACUUCAACAUGCCAGUCCAUAUGGUUCCAACAGAGCUGGUGGAGAAGGAAUUCUGGCGACUUGUAGGUGCCGUUGAGGAGGACGUGACUGUGGAGUAUGGCGCUGACAUUGCCUCUAAGGAGUUUGGGAGUGGAUUUCCAGUCAGAAAUGGAAAAUUUAAAGUUACCCCUCAAGAUGAGACUUACCUUGACUGUGGCUGGAACCUGAACAACAUGGCCCUCAUGGACCCAUCAGUGCUGACCCAUAUCACGUCUGACAUCUGUGGGAUGACACUGCCCUGGCUCUAUGUAGGCAUGUGCUUCUCCUGCUUCUGCUGGCACAUUGAAGACCACUGGAGCUACUCCAUCAACUACCUGCAUUGGGGUGAGCCUAAGACAUGGUAUGGUGCCCCUGGUUUUGCGGCGGAGCAGUUGGAGGACGUGAUGAAGAAGCUGGCUCCGGAGCUCUUUGUAUCUCAGCCAGACCUCCUACAUCAAUUGGUCACCAUCAUGAAUCCCAACACCCUGAUGGCCUAUGGUGUUCCAAUAUAUCACACCAACCAGUGUGCUGGGGAGUUUGUCAUCACCUUCCCCAGAGCCUACCACAGCGGAUUCAACCAGGGAUUCAACUUUGCAGAGGCUGUCAACUUCUGCACCGUGGACUGGAUGCCUCUAGGCCGCCAGUGUGUGGACCAUUACCGGCUGCUGCAUCGCUACUGCGUCUUCUCCCAUGAUGAGAUGGUGUGCAAGAUGGCGUCCAAGAUCGAGAGCCUUGACGUGGUGCUGGCUUCUGCCGUGCAGAAGGACCUGGCCAUCAUGAUCGAGGAGGAGCAACGCUUGCGUGACAAAGUCCAGAAGAUGGGAGUGGAACGCUGUGAGAGUGCGCAGUACGACCAUCUCCAGGAUGACGAGCGCCAGUGCACCCGUUGCCGCACCACCUGCUUCCUGUCUGCCAUCACGUGCCCCUGCAGCCCGGGGGUGCUCGCCUGCCUCCACCAUGCCCAGGAUCUCUGCUACUGCCCUCCCUCCAGUUACACACUCAACUACAGAUUCACAGUGGAUGACCUGUAUCCUAUGCUGAGGGCAGUGAGGCAGCGCGCCAAGCCCUAUGAUGACUGGGCCUCUCGUGUUAACGGGCUGCUGGAGAAUAAGUCGGACCAGAAAAAGAGCGUAGUGGCGUUCCUGUCCCUGAUAAAGGAGUCCGAGGCGAAGGCCUUCCCAGACAACGACCUGCUCCGCCACCUUCGCCUCGUCACUCAGGAGGCUCAGCGCUGCCAAGCACUUGCCCAGCAGCUGCUCAGAGCCAAAAGACACACAAGGUACCGCCCAGGGGGAGGCAAGUGCUGGAACAAGCUGACUGUGGAGGAGCUGAAGCAGUUUGUCAGGCAGCUGUACAGCCUCCCCUGCAGCAUUAGCCAGGCUCCUUUACUGAAGGAGCUCUUAGAUGGUGCAGAGAAUCUCCAGCAGCAAUGUGAGGAGCUGCUGGCGGAGGAGGCUCCCUGUGUGGGACGGAUCCAGGCCCUGCUGGAUGCCUGUGCUGAGCUGGGUGUGGCGGUACCAGGCCUGUCAGCACUGCAGGGGCAGCUGGAGCGAGUGCACUGGCUGGAGGCCGUGCGGACUGCUACUUCGCGGCCUGCCUGCCUCUCCCUGGACAGCGUACGCCAGCUAAUCGACCGCGGCGUGGGCCUCACUGCUCACCCUACAGUGGAAAGAGCCUUAGCGCGACUCCAGGGGCUGCUGUCUGUGUCUGAGCACUGGGAGGACAAGGCCUGUGCCCUCAUUACUGCCAAGCCCUACCGCUGUUUGGAGACCCUGGCAGCUGCUGUUCGAGAGGUGGAGAGAAUUCCUGCUUACCUGCCCAACUGCUUGUUGCUUCAGGAUGCUGUCAGCAGGGCUAAGCAGUGGGUACAGGAGGCAGAGUCCAUCAAGCUCAGGAACCAGAUGCCUCAGUUGGGCUCCCUCUCUGCUUUGGUGUCUAAAGGAAAGUCCAUCCCUGUCCACCUGGAGGCGCUCACACAGCUGGAGAGCCUCCUCUCAGAAGGGGAGGCCUGGAAAGAAAGUGCUGGUGAAGUCUUUCUCCUACCAAACUCCCCGUUCUCAUUGCUAGAGGUGCUUUGCCCCAGGUGUGAAGCUCCGAAGAAGAAGCCCAAGAAAGCUCUGGAGGGAAGUCAGCACAGCAUGAAAGAGACGGCAGCACAUGAUCCUGUGAAUGAUGUGGAGAGAGCCCUCUCAGAAUGCAGGGAAUUUGCAUCUUCUAUGGCCAUCCUUGAGAAAGUACGGUUAAAGGAGAUGGAGGCACACUCUGCUUUUCGGUUAAGUAAUGAUUCCAAGCUGCACUCCAAAACGGAUGCAGAUUCUCAGGUGUGUGUGUGCCACAGCGCCCCCACUGGAGGCAUGCUGCAGUGCCGCCUCUGCCGGGACAUUUACCACAGCAGCUGCAUGGAGCAACUGGCGGCCAAGGCGAGCAGUUCUCCCUGGCUAUGUCUGCUCUGCUGUCGCUCACAGCGACCCCCCCUGGCGAAAGUCUUUCCCCUGCUAGCUUCCCUGCACCGUCUCCGUGUGCGCCUGCCGGAAGGAGACGCACUGCGCUUCCUGGUGCGCCGAGCCAUGAGCUGGCAGAGCAAAGCGAAGAGGGUCCUUGUCCCCAGUGAGAGCAGGGAGAUACCUGCAAGCUAUUCCACUGACGCUGAUGAAGAGCAGGUGCCGUCUUGCCCUGAAUCAGCUUCAUGUCCUCUCCAAGAGCAGCAGCAUGAUCUGUCUCAGGGUGUCUUCCAGCUGGAGCAGCAGUGUCUCUCUAAUCACGAUGUGAGUCCUGACCUGGAGGAAAUCAUCACAGAGGGUCUCCUGCUGCAAGUGAGCUUGCCUGAGCUUCAGCAGCUGCACUGCAUCAUGGGAGAUGGGCUGGCAGCACAGCAAGCUGGCACAGUCAUGUCAGACACAGUGCCCCGUGUACUGCACAGUUCUGAUUCUCAGGGAGUGUGCCCCUCAGAGGUGGAGGAAAGUGUCUGUGGUCCAGUAGAGGAAAAUUUAAGGGAGGUCGGGAGGAUCACUAAGCGACACAUAGAGCCCCACAGCUCGCAGGCAGAGUGCUGGGACAAACCAAAGAAAGCAAAAUGGAGCAGGGAGGAGGAGGACCCUGAGGGGGAGGCGCGGCCUGCCUUUGACACGGAGGAGGACAUCAGUUUGUGUCCAGCAGAGAAGUGUCUGCAGCCAGAAGGAGAUGAGGUGGACUGGAUCCAGUGUGACGGUAGCUGCAGCCAGUGGUUUCACCAAAUGUGUGUGGGCGUGAGCAGCCAGCUUACUGGGGAGGACUUCGUUUGCGUCAGCUGUGAUGUCAGAGAGAAGCCUGUGGCCGAAUGAGGACGCCCGUGAUGGCAGUCCGUGCCGCCACAGUGCCCGUACUCUCUCAUCACUCUCUGACAGUGGUGCUACUCCAGCCCUGUGGGGUUUUUCUCCACAGUGGUCUCAUCAGAGGGGGAUUCAUGCCCUCCCCCCAACUUUCUUAUGAAAUGUUUCCACUCGUCACGUGGAAUGUGAAAAGGUGUGCAUGUUUCCAUUUUAUUGCUGUGAAGUGCUUCAUUGAGAAGGGGACUCUUACUUCUUCCUGCAUGCUAAACCAAAAACACUGGUUACCAAUAUUUCAUUAAGGAUUUUGAAGAUGUAUAUGAUACAGUAAAAAAAAUCUUUUUGGAAAAAAAAAGCACUGAUUAGUGAGGAGGACAUUUUUUGGGUGUAUAUAUAUCUCAAAGCAAUAAUUUUGAAGUUCUGUGGGCUCUGUACAGUUUCCUUAUGACUAGAUUGGAUUAUUAAAGUAGCUGACAGAAGAGCAUCCUUGUUUUGCUUUGGGGUGGCUUGUUUCAAAUACUGCAUAUUGUGGAAUAAAUCUGUGUUCUCAUACGA